GUGAGCCUGAGUGGACAAGGAAUUGGGAGACGCGAGAGAGAGUCAAAAAGUUUUUAAAGUCAUGCUUGGGCUCCCCCCUUCCCUUUCGUCGCGGGUAAAGAGAGACUUGUUUCCUUUCUUGCAGUGGCUUUGUCACUAAGUGUUCAGUUUUCGACGUUCUUUGUUUCUUUACUUUUUGGUUGUGUAUAGCGCAUACCUAGUGGUUCAUAAGUGAGACUUUCUUUUCGAGAUUUUAUUUUUCUCGUGUUAUUUUCCUUGCUUUGUUUCUUUUUUUUUUUUUUUCCUCUCUCCCUUUUACUGUCAUGUCAACAAUCGCCAUCUAGGUUUACUUACUUACUCGCAAUGUUCUCACCACCAAACUGCACCGUCAUCCCCCCCUCAGCACCCAGCGACGCAGGCAUCGCGGGUGCAGGUGUCCUGAUCUCCUCCUCCCUAACCGCCACCAUCGCCCUCCUCCUCUCCGCCUCCUUAAUCCUCCAAUCCACUUUUUCUUCUAAUUCCCGCCCCUCCACCAUCCGCCGCAAGCUCCUCGCCUCCUACUCCGACCAGCAAAUCCUCAUCGGCAUCACACUGCAAUCUCUCGGUCUGGCGCGCUCUUCGCACAUCAUUCCCUACCACUUCUUCAUCAUCUGGAUGCUUUCUUUAUUGUCCAUGGCCACACACAACGCCACGCUUUUGGCGCUGGUCCAAGACUUCAAGAGGGAUUGGGUGCUGAGGUGGAUGAGACAGGGCUUAAUGUUUGUCAAUCUGGCGCUGAGUUGUGUGUAUGGGGUGGUGGUGUUGGAGGGGAAGAGGAAAGGGUGGGAGGGGACGAUGCCGGUGGGGUGUAUAUGGGCUGUUGGAUCUGUGAAAGGAGAGGAUGAUAAUAAUAAUGGGAAGGUAGUAGCGGGGGGAUUGGACUACGUGGGCACGAUCGUGACGAUUGCUGGGAACGUGGUGGUGUUUGGGCUGGCGACGUGGUACUUGCAGAGUAGGAGGCAAAAGUGGUAUAGGAUCGUGCAGCUGGUGGGCAUGCUGUUGAUGAUGGGGAUUGCGGUGGGUGCGGCCGUGAGGGUGUUUCUGCUGUCGCAGGCGUUUGGGAAGCCGGAUGUUCAGCUGAGUGAUCAAGGGGAGAAGCAGUUGGGAUUUGGAAGCUUGUUGGGGCUCUUGAUGAUGGCCUUGCCGAUCAUAUCGAUCAUUGAGAUCAAGAGAGGAGAGGUAAUGGUGGCGCCGCCGUUGAGAGAUGAUAUGUCUGAUGAUGAGAAGCCGUUGGUAUGAAGUUUGAAGGGCUGAAACAGCGCCCAGGGAUCACAUGAUGAUUCCGUGGCCUGGAGAAUCUGUUCGCUUGGAAAUGGGAACGAAACCAUUGGCGCAAUUUUAUCCCGGUCUAAUCUCCGGCAGUCGGACGUCCGAUGGUACGGACACGGGAUGGAUGACACCUUCCUAUCGAAGUACUUUAGCCUGCAGGUCCGGGCUGCCAUCAAUUGGUCGAAACCGACGUGACUAUAUGGCGUAAUAAGCGUUCUCCAUGAUUGAGAUAGAUGAAGUCGUGUAUGGCAAUAUCCAGCUUCCGUUGUAGGAAGAUAGUACUAAGAGCUAAUUACAAAUUCUGAAUCUUUGG